UUACUAAGUUUUACAUUUUUUUCAGGGAAUGUUAUUUUCUUUGAGUUUUACUCACGAUGACCAUUUUUAAUCUUUUAUUCGAACUUGUCUUUUUUUAGUCACCCCAAAACUAGUUUAAGAAAAUCGUGUCGUUUUCAUAUUGAGAAACCACUUUUUGACGGCCGGUCCAAAUUUCCAGCUCUGAUGAACGGAGGUGGUGAGUGAGCCAGAGCUGCCGACGAGACGAUUCGAUGACUCUGCAAAGCUUCCUGAAAACCUUAAAGACAGCUAAAAGAACUUAUCCAUUCUCAAUCAACAAGCUCCUCCUCGAUUCUUCCUCUAUAAACCAAACUCUCGAUUCACCGGAAAAGCCACUCUCCGACCUCAACCUCUCCACCUUUCGCCGUAUUUUAUCCGACCCAGAUGUCAAAUCCUGGAAAUGCGUCUCCUUGUUCAAUUUCAUCCUCGAAAGCCCAUCUCUUUUCUCGUUUCAACCUGAUCUCAGAGCUCACUUGUCUUUAGCUUUCCGUGUCUUGUCAGAGAGGAGAUUCUCAGAUGCGCAGAAACUGAUGAAACCUGUCGCUAUUGACGACAUUCUCAGGUACCCUUUUAUCACAAUCGUCUCUGCCUUCGUUGAUGAGUGUGGUUGUUGUGAGACGAGAGUUGUUGCGAGGUUCUUUAAUUCGAUGGUUAUGGUUUACUCAGACAAUGAUAAAUUCGAUGAAGUUGUUGAGGUUUUUAAGUAUAUGAAGAACAGUGAGGUUAAGAUUGAUGAAAAGACUUGUACUUUACAUCUGUUGAAUCUCAAAAAAUCUGAUCAGAUGGAAUUAGCUGUAGAUUUCUUUCCUUUAAUGGUUGAAUCGGGACUAGAUGUUGUAUCUGUGUACUCUUUAACGGUUGUUGUUUCCGCGUUGUGUUGCAAUGGAGAGAUCACGAGAGCAAGAGGAUUAGUUGAGGAGAUGGUUCUGGUUAAAGGGAUUAAGCCUAAUAUUGUUACAUUUAAGUCAAUGAUAGAUUGUUGUGUUAAAAGAUGGGAUUUUGAAGAGUUGGAUUUGGUUCUUAAGUCAAUGGAGAAGGAAAGUGUGAUGCUUGAUCUCGAUACUUACAAGAUUUUGAUUGAUGGGUUCACUAGUUAUGGUAAGCUUGAAGAAGCAGAGAGGUUGGUUUCGACAAUGCAUGAUGAGAAGCUAAGAGUGGAGACUUAUCUGUAUAAUUUGAUCAUGGAUGGGUACUCUCGAUUUGGACUAGUGGAGAAAGCGUUUGAACUACACAGAGAGAUGAGUUGUAGAGGUGUUACUCCAAACAAGGAUACGUAUUGGGUGUUGAUGAAUGGACUUUGCAAAGCUGGGAAAGUGUGUGAAGCGAUGAGAUUGUUGAACGAGUUGCGAGUGAACGAGUUUGAGAUUGAUGAAGAAAUGUAUAUUACGUUGACUGAAGGGUGUUACAGAGCAGGAAUGAUAGAUAAAUCUUUGGAAGUGGUGGCUGAGAUGAUUAGGGAAGGAUUCAUUCCUGAUGGUACAGUAUUUGAAAGAUUAGCUGAUGCACUGUUAGAAGUAAGCUGGAAAGAGGCACAGAUGAUGGUUACAUUCGUAGUUAAGAGUGGCAUCAAACCAAAAUCUUGUUCUGAAUUUGGUCCAAAAUGAUUAUGUGGUCAUAGAGGAAAGAAACUUAUCUACUUUCUUAUAACCUUAAGACUGAGAUGACACACCUGUGCCUUACCAAGUCUCCAACUACACCUGUGUCAAUGAUAUGGUGGAGAAGAAGGAAUGACGACGAUGAAUAUGAGUUUGAUUAGGUCCAUGUUGUUAUGUCUUCCAUGACAACCGAAAUAAGAUCUAAGGAGAUUGCUUGAAGAUUGAUUUCCUAUUUUGGAUCGUGAGAAAGCAAGGUUGCAAUGUCUAGAAGCUUAAUGAUUGUGGCUAUGUCGAUCUACGCUAUACCAACUUGUACUUUUUAGAGAGUAUUGAAAAAAUCUUUCAUCAAUUUAUAUGUAUGUUUUGAUUCCCCAAAUUAGCUAAAAGAUCAUCCAUAUUGACUGCUCCGUUUUUAAAAGGUGGUGUGUAGUAAU